UCUGGCUAUUUUCAGAACCUGACCUACUUCCAGAAAAAGCAAAUGCUCAUUUCAAGUAUUCCAUCAACCUUCAAGAUAUCGUGUGAAGCGAUCUGUGCAAUGCAACCUGUGGAAAUGUUGAUUAUUUUAAUGAGCAUGCCUGGUGAAACAACAAGAAGGCUGGAUAUCAGGACGACAUGGGCGUCUCUGCUCUACGGUGGGUCCUGGCAUCAAAAUAAAAUCGUCAGAAUGGCAUUUUUCUUUGGCGGAGCUGGUCUAAGGACUGAGGAAGUUGAAACUUUGAAGCAAGAGUCUAACCUAUACGGGGAUAUUGUAGUGGCAGAUUUUCAGGAAUCAUAUAAAAAUCUUUCACUCAAACUGGCUACAUCUCUUACAUGGACUGUUCAACAUUGUCCUCACGCCAAGUACGUUGCUAAAAUUGACACAGAUAUUUUUGCCCAUGUUCCGAUGCUUCUUCAGUUUGUCAGAAAAAUUUCUCAAAAUCAUACACAUUUUGUCGUAGGGCGCCAACACAGCCACACAAAACCAUUCGUGGUGCGAAUAGGGAGGUGGGCAGUCUCACGAGACGUUUACCCGCUGGACAUCUUUCCAAAAUACGUCUACGGUGCUUCAUAUGUCGUCUCUUUCCCCGCAGUCCAGCUGAUGGUCAAGAGGUUCCCGUAUGUGGCCAUUGUUCCCAACGAAGAUGCUUUUAUUACGGGCAUCAUGGCCAAGAUGUUGAAUAUUACCAGGCUCUCUAGUGAUGUUUUCACCUCUUUGAGUACAAAGUAUACUGCCUGUGAUUUCACGUAUAGAAACUUUGUCACAGCGAUGUGUAAACCUGAGUUCCUGCAACACGUUUGGCAAUCAAUGAGUUCU